AUAUAGGGGAAUCGGGAUUCGGAAAAGAAAAGGGGAAGAAGAUAGAAGGGUUUGUGUUUUUGGGUAUAUGCAAAGAGUCACGAUUAGGGAAACAAAAACGAAGGAUCUAGAACCCAAACCUCAAACCUUCAAAACUGAUUUAAGAAUAAUCGAUUCGUCUAAGGAAACAAACACGUCAACGACAACACAACACCACAGCGAAGAAUAAUGGCGGCGGCGGCGGAGACGACAACCACGGUGAAGGAUUUGGAGAAGAAAGCCAAAGAAGCUUUCAUUGACGACGACUUCUCCCUCGCCGUCGAUCUCUACACUGAAGCCAUCAACCUGGAUCCAAUCAACGCCAACCUCUUCGCCGACAGAGCACAAGCGCAUCUCAAGCUCAACGCCUUCACUGAAGCGGUUUCCGAUGCCAACAAAGCCAUCCAGUUAGACCCUUCUCUGCCAAAGGCCUAUCUCCGUAAAGGGACUGCUUGUAUUAAGCUUGAAGAGUACCACACUGCCAAGGUUGCACUGGAGAAGGGUGCCUCUUUUGCACCGGAUGAUUCCAGAUUCACCAACUUGAUUCAGCAAUGUGACCGCUACAUUGCAGAAGAAUCCAAUGCUCUUACUAGCACCUUAUCGACAACUGCGCCCUUAAUAUCUGUACCGUCUGGUGAUGAUCCCCGUUCAGCUGUUAGUGAUGGGACAAAUAAAGAAGCUGAAACAGAUAGUUCUUUAUCACAAAUCAAUGAAGUUGCACCCAGCAAACCAAAAUACAGAUAUGAAUACUACCAGAAGCCCGAAGAAGUGGUUGUGACAAUAUUUGCAAAAGGAAUACCAGCAGAAAGCGUGGUCAUUGACUUUGGUGAACAAAUUCUGAGUGUUACUAUUGAUGUUCCUGGCCAAGAUGCUUAUCAUUAUCAACCUCGAUUGUUUGGAAAGGUAAUACCUGAUAAGUGCAAAUUUGUGGUUUUGUCAACCAAAAUUGAAAUACGUCUUGCAAAAGCUGAAGCUAUUAAUUGGACAUCUCUCGAAUAUAGCAAGGAUAUGCCUCCCCAAAAAAUUAAAGUGCCUACAAUUCAAUCUGAAAGGCCUGCAUACCCAUCAUCAAAGCCAAGGACAAAAGAUUGGGAUAAGUUGGAAGCUAUGGUGAAAAAAGAGGAGAAAGAAGAAAAGCUGGAUGGUGAUGCUGCUUUGAAUAAAUUGUUCCGUGAUAUUUAUCAAAAUGCUGAUGAGGACAUGCGGAGAGCAAUGAGCAAGUCAUUUCUGGAGUCAAAUGGAACAGUGCUGUCAACGGAUUGGAAAGAAGUGGGAUCCAAGAAGGUGGAAGGAAGUCCUCCAGAAGGUAUGGAAUUGAAGAAAUGGGAGUACUAAUUCAGUACAAGCUGAUGCUCAUGAGAGUUCAAAUUCACAAAAAUAAAUUCUGAGAAGGGAAACAAAUUCUGUAAUCUUAAUGUUAUCGGUUAUUUUGUGAAUGAUAAAUUGCAUUGUGGGGAAAAUGACCUAACUUUCAUCUUGCUGCGGGAUUGGAUUUUAUUUCGUUGGUGAUGUAAAUUAAUGUUAAACUUAAGUUAUGGAAGUUGGUUUUUUGGUUUUA